GUUAAUUUGUAGGCUCUUGUUUGGUGCCUUUUUGUAUGUAUGUUCUAACCUGCUAUAGGAAACCAUGCCUAGUCUUGAUUAUACUCAUCCUCGUGAAUUCGGUCCCGGUUCUCGUACUUGCCGUGCUUGUGGCAACCGUCGUGGACUUAUUCGUAAGUAUGGCCUUAUGCUCUGCAGACGCUGCUUCCGUGAGCAGGCUCCCAAGAUUGGAUUUAUGCAUUAUCACUAAAUCUAUGGCGUGAGUAAUGAACACUCUACAAAUG